AUGUCUUCCUCAACCCACUUCUCAGACCCCUCGAGCUUCCAGCAACAGUCCAAUGAAUUCAUUGCUUGGCUUGAAUCAAAUCCCGGCGUUAAGGCAAACCCAAAGAUCCUUUUGGCCGACUUGCGAUCUUCAGGAGCAGGUCGAGGAGUUGUCGCCCGAGCCAACAUUGAAGAAGGCGAAGAACUAUUUUCUAUUCCUCGAUCCCUCAUUCUCGCCGUCCAAAACUCAGAGCUGAAGAGUCUGCUACCGCAAGAUGUUGAGGCGCUUGGUCCGUGGUUGUCCUUAAUGCUAGUCAUGCUUUAUGAGUACCUACGUGGGGGGCAAUCUAAGUGGGCGCCGUACUUCCGGGUGCUACCUUCUCGUUUCGAUACAUUGAUGUUCUGGUCGGAUGAAGAGCUGAGGGAACUGCAGGGCAGUGCCAUUCUGGACAAGAUUGGCAAAUCCAGCGCCAACGAUUCUAUCCUUCAAUCCAUUGCUCCUAUUGUCAGGUCUAAUCCUGCUCUCUUUCCGCCUGUCAAUGGCCUUGCGUCUUACGAGGGUGAUGCUGGCAUUGCCGCUUUGCUGGAGCUGGCUCAUACCAUGGGGUCGUUGAUCAUGGCCUAUGCUUUCGACAUCGAAAACGGCGAGGAUGAUGACGAUGAAGAAGGCGGUGAUGGGGAUGAAAGCUUUAUGAGUGAUGAUGAGGACGAGCAGCAUCCUAAGGGUAUGGUUCCGCUUGCUGAUUUGCUCAAUGCCGAUGCGGACCGAAAUAAUGCCCGUCUCUUUCAAGAAGAGGAAGCACUGGUUAUGAAGGCUAUUAAGCCUAUCCAGGAAGGCGAAGAAAUCUUCAACGACUACGGCGAAAUCCCUCGCGCUGAUCUGCUCCGCCGAUAUGGAUAUGUUACCGACAACUACUCUGUGUACGAUGUUGUCGAGUUGACACUUGCCGAUGUCUGUCAAUCAGCCGGACUCCCGAACAGCGAUGUGGAAUCCCAGCCCAGGCUCCAACUCCUUGAUGAAAAUGAUCUUCUGGAAGAUGGCUAUGUGAUCCCUAAGCCGAUUGCCAAUGCUAAACUUGAGGACAUUCUCCCUGCUGAGCUGGUUGUCUUGCUAACCACGCUGACCCAAUCGCCAGAAGAGUUUGAGCAGCGUCGGUCAAAGAACAGGCCGUCUAAGCCGGCUAUGGAAACUAGCCAGGCCGGUCUUCUUUACAAGAUUUUGCAGUCCAAGCAGGCUCAGUAUGCCACUUCGCUCGAACAGGAUAUGAACAUUCUUUCCGGACUUCUGCCGCCUAAUGCGCCACCAGCACUGGAGGGUUCUGCUCGACGACACAAAAUGGCCCUACAAGUCCGCAUCGGCGAGAAAGAGGUCCUGCGUACCGUUCUGUCGAUGCUUGAGUCUCUCGCACCAGGUGCAUCCCAGAAACGAUCUGCCAACGGCGAUGUUCAUGGUUCCCGCAACACGAGGCAGCGUGUGUGA